UGUUAGUCAUACCUCAGCGAGCGAGGGAUGUGUCUGCUUUUGUGCUUAAAAACUCAUUUACGUUUUCUGAUAACAUACGCCAGCAUCUCAAACUUUCUGAAUUCCAAGAAUCUCGGUUGGAAAUCGAACGUUUGGUGUGGUGACAAUAUCAUGUUUGGCACUACUACUGAAAUGACAUAGAGUAGCCGAUGUGUCGUGUUUUAAUAAGCUUAAUCAAGAAUUCUUGUAUGUGAUUACACCAGGCUUAUAAACCACAUUUAUUUUUGGAGACUGAGAAACGCGCGAGGCGUACGGUUACAUUUACCACGCAGGAGAAAUCGAGGUGUUGAGUCUACUUCCACCUCAUCGACACAAAAUCAAGAUGGAGAGCGACAACGGAGAAGAACUGAGUUAUGUCAACAACGACGAAAGCUCUUCGUUUUACAGCGAGAACGAUGAGCAAUAUUCAGACGAUGAUUUUGGAUCCGAAUGCAGUUGUUCCACGUGCAGCACUUGUUCCACGUGUGAAAUAUGCGAGGAAGAGCUAGCGGAGGAGGAGUUUGGAGACAGUUCUGACGAGGGAAUGGGACACAACGUCCCCGGAUGUGAAAAUAGUAUUCAAUUUUGUAACAGUGACAGUGAUAAUACGGAAAAACAACUACAUGCGCUGAAGAAUGAGUUACAAUUACCAGCUAAAAACGGUUUUAAGACUGAUGAAAAAUAUAUCAUCGAGAAGUUUACAAAUGUUGUGGUCUUAAAAGCGGACGCAUCUCAGUUUAAAAAUGGAGGAUACUUCACCGGGAAAGAUAAAACUCAGGAAAUUCUUCUUGGGGGGAAACAGAAGAAAAAGAAAGUGACCUUUUUUGAUUCUUCGUCAUUAUCAGAUGUACAAACGGAAGCGUAUUCUAUCUCUAGUCUCUCUGACAGCAGUACAAGUGGCUGUUGCGCAGAUUUUAACCAACCUCUCCAAAAUGGCGAGAAUUUUGAUCACAAAACAAUGUCAAGUGAUCCAGAAAACGAACACAGCAAUAACCUCUCCGAAGGUGAUUUGGACAGAGAAUACCAUCGCUUAAAAGGUGUUUUAAAAACGAUCGAUCCCUCAAAACUUCUUAGUGUCCUAAAACACAGCUUAAAAACCAAAGACUCGGAAACCAUCAAUGCCCUGGGAACUUUACUUCCCAAGAACAAGUUUACCGCUGACACUGUUCACUGCGUUCGCUGUCACAAAGAGUAUGACCCUCACUUUGGUAGAAAAAGAUGCACUCUCUACCACCCUGAGAAAGGCGUUUGGAAAAUUUCUCAAAAUUCCCAAGGAGCUAGUUUCAAGUGCGGCCUGUGUUUGAGUCUAUUUACUUUGCAAGGAGCCUUUGAAUAUAAACCAAGCAUUGCGAGCGAAAAAAAUUGUGGGAUAUGUUUUGAGGGUGUCCAUACGCCCGACCCUGAUGAAGUUAAUUACCAGCCCACUGGCGCAGCUCAGUGUUGUGAAGACAAAGGAUGUAUCGAAUUUUACGUCUAGCGGAAUUUUUUUGUGCCAUACCAAUAAGAAUUCCAAGAGUAUUUUUUUAAUUUUCGGUAGAUCAAGGAAAUGCAUGGUAAAAGAGGGAUACUCCAUGGUUUACCAUGAUACAGCGUUGCAUAACUAGUUUAUGGCCUUUCCGAUAUCAACACCACCAAUUUAGUGUGUAAUACCGUGAAAUAUACAACAGCCCCUUUGUAUCCUGAUGGGCUGAUUUUUCUAUAGUAUGGUAUAAAAUACUUGGUUAGAUUUUUACGUUAUGAUGACAACAACAAAGAAAUUAAUUAGAUUUGUCGAGAUUACUGAAAAAGCUAUUAUACUGAAUCUAUCAUGAAAGUGUAUAAAAAGUAAAAAAAAUCUUGCAAGUUACAAUUCCCCUUUUAAGGAAAAAUAUCACUAACCUAAACUACAUAAUUAUAUGGCUAUGAACAAUAGAAUUAUACGUGCUA